AUGGAUAACAGCGGACAAGAUCCUUUAAAGAUUCCCGGACAUGUUCGCGAUUUCACCAAAGAUCAGAUGAUUGGGAAGAAGGGUGGGGUACAGAAGCCUCGUCUGACAGCUCGAGAGCUGGCCAUGAUAGGUCUCACCAAUUUCUUGACCGAUAUGCCUAACUGGUACAUAGGUGUUUUCAACGACAGAGAAACGGCAAUGUGGCACAAAAUGGUUGUGAAAAACAAAUUGAUAAGUGAGAAAGCUUGGGGGUGGUGUUUAGCUGAGUUGAGAGACAAGGCGAGGUUGUUUCGUGCUACAAAUCGUGUUCUUGCUUUGGAUGCCGGAGCUUGUGUUUUCAUAUCUGAUGUUGCAGUACCUAAAACGCUAACGAAAGAGUUGUCCACUGCAAGUCUUCGUGCAAGUUGGAAGUAUCGAAUUGCAUGA